AUUCCCUCGUGGCUCCUAUUCUGGAUCAUCCACAACGUGCUGAUGGGAGCAAAGCAGCUGUGAUGUGUCCCCAUGGCUUUGUUGGACAUGGCAGUAAAAUGGAGCUGAGAACUUGUGGCAUCAGAUCACUGCCAGCCCAAAGGGCCUCUUGCUGCUUCAGAGAGCACCUGGGCAAGGACUGAAGCCCUGCUGCCACCUGCAAGGGAGGAAGGACAUCUGUGUGCCCAAGGCCACAGCCAGUGCCCUACAGAGAUGGCGAGUGCAGAGCCCGGCUCUGAGGAUGCAGCUGAGGCUGAAGAGGCCGUGUACGAGGAGAUGCCCUGUGACAGGAUGGAGCUGAGCCAGCACCUGGCCGUGGAGGAGCUCCUCAGCACCGAGGCCAGCUACGUGAACAACCUGCAGCUGUGUGUGUCCGACAUCCGGGCACACCUCCAGGAGAAGCAGCUGCCUGAACUGGACCUGGAAGGGCUCUUCUCUAACACCGAUGACAUCCUCCAUGUCUCCAGGCGCUUUCUGAAGGGGCUGGAGGCCACGGCUGGCCAGGGGCAGGAGCAGCUGCUCUCCAUCAGCACGCUGUUCCAGGAGUUCAAGGAAGAGAUGGAGGCUGUCUACAAGAUCUACUGUGCCAGCUACGACCAUGCCCUGCAGCUGGUGGAGAGCUACCGCAGGGACCCCCGGCUGCAGGAGGAGAUCCUGGACACCCUCAAUGCCACCGUGCCUCACACAGGAGCGUCAGACCUCAGCUUCUUCCUGGUGAUGCCCGUGCAGAGGGUCACCAAGUACCCUCUGCUGCUGGGGAAGAUCCUGGAGAACACCCCGAGCAGUUCCAGUGCCCACUCAGCCCUGCAGGCAGCAGCUCGUGCCAUGGCCCAGGUCAAUGCCAACAUCAACGAGUACAAACGGCGCCGGGAAGUGGCAACCAAAUACAACAAGGCCGAGCACCUGACGCUGCGGGACCGCCUGGCGCGCCUCAACACCCACUCCAUCGCCAAGAAAACCACGCGCCUCAGCCGGCUCCUCAUGCACGAGGCUGGCAUCGUGGCCAAGACUGAGGACAAGGAAUAUGAUGACCUGGAAGAGAAGUUCCAAUGUGUGGCAUCCAGUGUGGCCACGCUGAAGGAGAACAUGGCAUCCUACCUGGGCCACUUAAAGGCGUUCCUGCUGCCCACCCCGCACCGCUGUGACCUGCAGGUGGAGCAGGGGCCAGCCCAGCAGCACCGCCGCCUCUCCGAGCUCCUCCAGAGCACCGUGUUCCCCGAGUUUAAGCAGCGUGUGGACAGGCUGGUGUGGCAGCCCCUCUGCAGCCUCUCAGACAUGCUGGAGGGGCCCCAGCAGCUGGUCAAGAAGCGCCUGGACAAGCUGCUGGACUACGAGGAGAUCCAGGAGAGGAAGAGUGAGAUGGGCAGCGUGAGCUACGAUGAGGAGGCUGCCAUGAACACCUACCUGGCCAUCAAUGACCUGCUGGUGGCCGAGCUCCCCCAGUUCAACCAGGUGGCUGUGCAGCUCCUGGGGCAGAUCCUGCGCUCCUUCAGUGCCCUGCAGCUGGACUUGGCUGCCCAGGUCCUGCACCACGCAGAGAAGGAGCUGGAGCAGCUGCCCCAUGGGCACAUGGCCCUGCCCAGCUUCUGGAAGGUGGUGGAGGACAGCCUGCAGCAGUCGGGUGCCCAGCUCCGUGCCUUCUGCCAGGCCUUUGAGACCGUGGCACCCAGCCCUGGCACACAGCCUCUGACCCCUGCUGAGGAGAGGAAGGUCCUUUCCCUUGUGAGCAAGCACGGCCCAGACAAGCUUUACCAAGUGACCAGCAACAUCAGUGGCAGCAGAGACCUGGACCUGACCUUGCUGAGGGGACAGAUCGUGGCUCUGCUGCAGAGCGCCGACACCAAGGGGAACACCAGCAGGUGGCUGGUGGAUGCUGGAGGUCCCCGAGGAUUUGUUCCUGCUGCAAAACUCCAGCCCUACAGCCCAGCCCAAGUGCAGCAGCCUGUGAUGCAGCUGCUGGGCCUGGACAGUGACACAGAGAGAAGGAGACAUUCCUACUCAUCCCCUGAAGCUCCCAGGCCACAGGUGGCCACCUUCACCCCAACAUUCCAGGUGGUGGCCGGCUUCUCCUUCGCAGCCCGGAGCCCGCAGGAGCUGAGCCUGCAGGCGGGGCAGCCCGUGCUGCUGCUGGAGCCCCACGACAAGAAGGGCAGCACGGAGUGGAGCCUGGUGGAGGUGAACGGCCAGAGGGGCUACGUGCCCUCCAGCUACCUGGUGACCGUCCCCGUGCAGGAGCCGGCGGGCUGGAGGCUGCCCGUGUGAGCGUGCCAGCCCCAGCAGGGCAAGGAUGGAGCAGCCAGCCUGGCACCUGGGACACCUCACAGGAGAUGCUGGAGGGAGGCAGCCCCCGGCUGGGAAGGGGGUGGGAGGCACCCGGGGGACACGGGCACGAGGAUGGCACUUGGGAGGCACCUUUUGACAGAAGGUAUGAGGGUGCCAGGUCCGGUGUGUGUGUUGGCACAAAGCAAAGCAGCACCAGGGAGUGAGGGCAGGUGGCUGCAGUUAUCCAGGGAUUUGCUGCAAUCCCUGCAAGUGACAAAUGUGUCCUGGGGGGAUGAGGCAGCGUCAUCCCUGCUUAGAGCAGGAUUGAGCAGCAAGGGAGCAGCACUGCAGAGGGGUCCUCUGCCAGGCAGGGGGAACUUGGACACCUGGGCACUGAGCACCUGGGCACUGGGACACUCGGGCACCUGGGCACUGGGCAGAUGGGCACCUGAGCACCUGAGAAUUUGGCUACUUGGGCACUUGAGCACCUGAGAAACUGGGCACCUGAGGGCCUGAGAAACUUGGCACCUGGGCACCUGAGAAUUUGGCUAUUUGGGCACUUGGGUACCUGAGAAUUUGGCUAUUUUGGCACUUGAGUACCUGAGAAUUUGGCUAUUUGGGCACUUGAGCACCUGAGAAUUUGGCUAUUUGGGCACUUGAGCACCUGAGAAUUUGGCUCCCUGGGCACUUGAGCACCUGAGAAUUUGGCUAUUUGGGCACUGGAGUACCUGAGAAUUUGGCUCCCUGGGCACUUGAGCACCUGAGAAUUUGGCUACUUGGGCACUUGAGCACCUGAGAAUUUGGCUAUUUUGGCACUUGAGCACCUGAGAAUUUAUCUAUUUGGGCACUUGAGCACCUGAGAAUUUGGCUAUUUGGUCACUUGAGUACCUGAGAAUUUGGCUAUUUGGGCACUUGAGCACCUGAGAAUUUGGCUCCCUGCGUGCCCGGAGCCCUGUGGCAGCGCCGGGCUGCGGCCGCCAGAGGGCGCCCCGCACCCGCUCCCAGUGCCCGCCCGGCCCGGACUGGGAGCGCUGGUGCGGCGGCACCGCCCGGGGGGACGGAGAUCGCCACCCCCGGCCCUCCCGGGACCCCCGUCCCCCUGCGACCCGCACGGAUCCCCGGCGGGCUGACACAGGUCCCAUGGAAGAGGUUUUUGGGACAGUCAAUCCGUGUCGGUCCUGGCCUAAGGCUCGGUUUGAGAAGGGAGAGAGCCCCCUCCCACCAUUCCCGAGGUAUCCGUGCCUCAGUUUCCCCGCGGUUGCACUGUUAUGGAUGCUGAGGGGCUGAGGUGGGCAGCCCUGCCGUGGUGCCACAGGGGACUUCAGGAGCCCCCUGUGACUGGCACCUCAUGCUGCCCAUCCCUCACCAAGGCCAGUGGAGCACCCGGCUGGCGUCGCCCCGGCUGCCCUGGGCUCCUGGGCUGCCCACAUCAAAGGUGCCCGUGCCAGCUGUCCUGCCCUGUCCUGCCCUGCCUUGUCCUGCCCGGGGGCAGCAGCACACCUGGCCACCCAUGGGCUCCCCGCGGGCUCCCCAGUGCACCUGUGUCCACGGGAUGGGCAGCGGGGCAGGGCUGGCACAGCCUCACCCAACCCUGAGCAGGUGCCAGGCGGGUGGGGACAGCCCCAGGCGGUGUCCUGUGCGUCCCCCGUGUGCGGCUGGGGUCUGGUGUGAAGCAGAGUGGGGCUCAGCCUCCUUUCACCUGGACCUGUGGGGUGGCUGGGGGGCAGCCACGUCUGCCCGGGUGCCAUUGAAAGGCCCGAGGAAAUCCUCACCUACAGCAAACCUGGGAGGGGACAGCAGUGUCAGAGCUGGGGACGUAUCCUGGGGAUGCUCCCAGCCUGGGGAAAGGCUGGUGGGCUCCCCAGCAAGGGAAAAUUAGUAGGCUGGGGACGAGGGUCAUUGAGCUUGCCCACCCAGCCCAGGCCCUGCAGCCACAGGGCUCACCCCUCCAGCUCCCUGCAGGUGGCUCCUCUGGAUUUUUCCAUCCCUAAUCAAAUCCCACCAGGUCGGGUUUCCCUCCCGAGUCACCUUCCUGCCAGCUCGGUGGGGUGCACAAGCAAUCAGCCCUGUGCCAGCCAUGGCAGCAGAGGGGCAGGUCCUGCUCCACAGCCCUCGGGUGCCUGAGACCCUUUGGGGGCUGAAAGGUGACGGUGGCACACGGAGUGCUGAGCCAGCUGCUGCCUGGGCCCCCAUCUUCCCACUGGAAGGAGGUCUGGGGUGCUCAGGGCUGGGCUGCACAUCCAGCAGGAAGAGGGCAAUGAGUUCAUGUGGCUCCUCGAGCCUGUGGGUGCCAAGGGGUGAGCUGGGCUCUGCAGUUCCCCCCAGCCCUGCUGCCAGCCUCGAUGGCCAGGGGACCUUUCCCAGGGGUCUGUCCCCAGGAUGGGGCCUGGUGCUUGGUUGCAGGACGUGGGUGCCUGCAUCCCUUCCUUCUCCCUGAAUUCACCCAAACUCACGGCACUGCUGCUGCCCUGAGCCUGGAAUUGCCCUCUCGGAGUCACGGAAGGGCACGGGGCUCUUCCAGCCCAGACAUGGUGGGGGAUAAAGGGCACAAGUGUGCCUUUAAAUAGCCUCUCAAGGACAGGCUCUCCCGGGAGGAAUGCUCUGGCUGGCCCGGUGGAACAUGCCUGUGCCUGGGGGCACGGGGGGACAGCUGGGCAGGGCCGGCUGCUCGCCAGGAGGCCAGGUCAAGGUUAGGCACGGCCCUGGCUCGGUGCCACCGUGCCACGGCUUGGCACCGGGGGAACAGAGCCGUGCAAACAGGGAAAUGCAUGCCAGGCCAGGGGUUUGCCGUGCCCGGGGCUGAUCUGGAGGUGGCAGCAGGGCCAGGCAGCCGCUGCUGCCCGUGACCCGCCCUCCAGCCCGCCCGGAAUUUGGCAGCGCUGCCUGGCUGCCUCCGGGGCAGCUCCGGGUGUCCCAGAGCGGCUGCUGCACUCCUGUCCGGGCUGAUUCAUAUCCUGGACGUGCAGGCAUUUGGAUAUUGUCCACCCGCGGGGUGUGACAGUGUCCCCAGGGCGCGGGUGCCAGCCCGGCCACGUGCCGGGAGCAGCUCCGGCUCUGCUCCGUGUGCCUGCUGCUCCCUGGGGACACGGCGGGGCCACGAAACACAUCCCAGGUGAGAUCCCGGGAUGCCAGGAGGAUGGCUGAGUGCCCAGGUGUCCACGUGCCCCUCGGCUCUGCUGCGGCACCCCGGGGGCUGGGAGGUGUUAGAAAAAGCAGCUGCCACAAGCCUCAAUCCCAGAGCCAUCCCCUCACCACGGGGUGCAGAAAGGAGAGGACAAACAGGCUUGGACAGGGAGCCAGGAGGAGCAGGGUGGCCACCUGUGCUGAAGGGCACAGCCAGCCCGAGUGGCUUUAGGCACAGAGCUCGGGUUGCCCACGCUGCCAGGCUGAGCUGGCUCCCAGCAGAGCCAGCCUGUGCUGCAGUGUUCCCUGCCACCUGCCCAUGGUGGCCCACGAGGAGCAGCCCGAGCCACCCUCGCUGGCCCCUCAUGUGCCUGCUGGGACCAGCAUGGCCCGAGGAAGGGCUGAGCCCCACGGAGAGGAAACCGGGGCUGCGGAGCAGGAGAGGAGCUGUGAACAGCAGUGCUCGCUCCAGGCUGGUGCAGCUGGCACCUGAAUUGUCUAAUAAAGUGUGAAAUUGCUUUCA